AUGCUCAAAGCUGACCUCCAACAUCAUUACAAUGAUGUGGUUAACUUGGCAAAGACAUCGUCCAUGAUGACACAAUUGCUUUCUGCGAUACUGCAAAGUCGAGCGAACGAGAAGCUGCAGGCUACCGUAUCUGUCAUGCACACUAGCAUCGUCAGCCUGCAGCUGCAAUCUCAACAGACCUGCCAGGACACGGCUAAUUUACUGAAGCUCUCCGGUGAUGGUCUCAAAGAUGCUGCCAUCGCCAAGAUCCUUGCUCAGACAGCAACUAUGUUCCUUCCAGCAUCACUCAUGGCCGUCAGUGCAUCUAAAUAUUACCACGUGGAGGUUUAA